AACGUACACUUCCUGUUUAUAAAUCAAAAUCGACGAAGAUCUCAAAAUCACAAAAUGGAACAGAAAACAGUGUCCUUUGGAUUUUCAAAAAUAAAAAAGAACAAGUCUUUGGGAAUAUCCAAAAUAAGCGAAGGAGAAAUCGAAAAGAACGACGAGGCAGAAUUCGUAACCGAGGUAGAUGAGAACUUUGCUAAAAGCACAAAACCCAAAGCCAAAGAGUAUGUUAUACCUUUAAUUAAAGAAAACAAGUGGAGGGUUAAUGCAUCUGGAAAUCAAAUUGAGGACAGUGCUGUUCAGGAACUGGUAGAAGAUGCAAGAAAGUUCCAGGAAGCUGAACAAGGAAAGGGGAAGACAGAUAUGGGAUUAAAUAUACCUCUCUUGAUGCAAAAUAAAAUUCCAGAAGGUUAUGAAACAGAUGACAAGUUAGAUGUAGGCUUAAGACCUGAUGAGCCUGAAGAAAAUGACUAUGAAGAAAUACCUAUAGACCAGUUUGGGUUAGCUAUGUUAAGAGGAAUGGGAUGGAAAGAAGGACAAGGAAUAGGAAAAAACAAUAAAGCUGUAGCUCCUGUGAAUGCUGUACUGAGACCAAAGGGCCUUGGAUUAGGAGCUGAUAGAUCACAAGCAGCCCAGUUGAAUGAUUCUAAGAAAGGAUCCAGAAAAAAUGACGACGAGGAAGCACUAGUUUUGAAGAAGGGAGCUUACUGUGUUCUUCUGAAGGGAGCAAAUAAAGAUCUUUAUGGAAUUAUAGAAGGUUUAGACGAAGACAAUGCAAGAGUGAUGGUCAAGCUUACAUUGACUGGGAAUAUGGUCACACAAAGUCAAUAUGCAAUCCGACUUGUAGAUAGCCACGAGUAUAAAAAGUAUUCUAAAUAUCUUAACAAAGGAAAAGCAGACAAAUACAAGGAAGAAGAGGAAAGAAAGAAGGAGAAGGAAAGAAAAAGAGAGAAACAUCACAAAUCAAAAAAAGACAAACACAGAGAUGAGGAUUCUGACCAUGGUAGUAAACAUUUCGAAGAUGAUGAUAGACAUCCUAGUUCUGAUUCAAGAAAAAGGAAGCAUGAUAGGUUAGAAGAUUAUGCAGACAAAACCAAAAGCAGUCAGAAUGGUCACGGCAGAUCUGAGUCUCUUUGGAUAAAACCUCAGAUCCGAGUCAGAAUUAUAAGUAAAGAUUACAAGAAAGGCAGAUAUUAUAAUACUAAGGUAAAUGUAAUAGAUAUAUUGUCCUUAGAUAAUUGUGUUUGUCAGACUGAUGAUGGUAAAGUUUUGGAGGGAAUUUCUCAAUCUGAACUGGAAACAGUUAUUCCAAAGCAAGAAAAUGCCCAUGUACUUAUUGUUAGUGGGAAACAGAAAGGACAGUUAGCAAGAAUAAUGAAGAAAGACAAGUCUCGAUAUAUAGCGACAUUACAGUUAUUGAGGGAUAGAGAUGAUGUGAUCAAUAUAGACUUUGACAAAAUAUGUGAAUACUCAGGAAAUAUAGAUGAAGAAUAUGAUUAUUAACAUUUUAUAAUAUUUUUUAGUAAUUUUUUAAUGUUAUACAUAAUACAUGAUUUUAAUUAGAA